AUGACACUGGUCCCUCUGCGCGUUCAGUGCAUGCGGCCGCUUGGGACAACAUUGGCCAGCGUUUUUGGAUUCAUGCCGGCUGCGGAAAAGAACUUCAGAAGGAUCUUUGGACCUUUGAUUUGGGAAAUGACUCCUGGAACUUGCUUCCUGACAAUGGUUGGGACGCCUUCCGGUCGGGAAGAUCACGUAGCCGUUUGGGAUCCUGGCGGGCAAGCCCUUUGGGUUCAUGGUGGGUUUGAUGGCACCAACUUCCUCAGAGACGUCUGGAAAUAUUCGGGCAACAGCUGGUCUCUAGUGGCAGACGCAACUGUGCCUGGUCCUUCUGCUCGAAGCAACCAUGUAGCAGUAUGGGAUCCAAGCAGUUCUGCCCUCUGGAUUCACGGAGGAUACGAUGGAGUUUUGCAUGAUGACUUGUGGAAGUUUGAUUCCCCGUAUUCUGUUUGGAGGCGCAUCUCAAGCUCCUUUGCACCAUCAGCGCGAGCUUACCAUGCAGCUGCCUGGGAUGAUACGAAUGCUGCCAUUUGGAUUCAUGCUGGCUAUGAUGGCCGUUUAUGCCGAGAUUUGUGGAACUUUGACACGGUCACCGAAACGUGGCACUGGGUCUCCGAUCGCGGUCCUUCUGCACGGGCCUACCAUGUGGCCGCCUGGGAUCCGAUGAAUCUGGCCUUAUGGAUUCAUGGUGGAAAGGAUGGUGUGCCGCGCAGAGACCUCUGGAGAUUCGACUCACUGAGUUCUUCAUGGUCUUUGAUUCACCAGGUGGAUGAAUAUGGGCCUUCAAGGCGCUAUGACCAUGUGGGAGCCUGGGAUACAAGCAGUAUGUCACUUUGGGUCCAUGGAGGCUAUGAAGGCAAUAUGCUUCGAGAUCUUUGGCGCUUUACAGUCCCAACGACCACGACCUUCGCCUCAACUGGAACUCUGACUACAAUGGCCCUGACAUUCAGCUUGAGAUCUCCGGAGGAUUCCACUGCGCUUUCGGUGAUUUGCCUCUUGGUUGGAUUCCUCAUUUUUCUGGCUGUUCUUUUGAUCUCCGUGUGUGCACUCAAGCACUGCAAAGGCAGUGCACAAGUUGUCGUUUUGCCAACUCCAGCACCGCCGCCACCUCCGCCGCCAUUGCCACCUUCACAGCCAGUGGCGGCAUGCCCUGACAACUGGACAAUCCCUAUCGACACGCAGCAAAUUCACGCAUCCCCCGAGCACUCGAGAAUGCCUGCCAACAGUCAUCCAACCCAAGCCAACACACAGCCAGUCCAUCCAUGCCAGGAGUGCUCUACUCAACCUGCCACAACAGUGUCAAUCCACACCGGCCAUGAGUACUUAACACUCCCUGCCAACACGCAGCCACUCCAAGCAUGUUUUGGGUGCGUUACGCUUCCGGCUGACUGGCAGCCAAUGACACUGUGCCCCCAGUACGCCAGACUACCGAUCAACAGCCAAGUGCUCAUUUCACCAGCAGAUCCUUCCGCAGCAAUUCCAGUGGUACCACCUUCCACCACCCCAGCUCUGGAUCUCAGCAUUCCGACCUUGCAGCGAUUGGCAUUCAGUUUUUGCCUUCAAUUAGACAGCCCACCAUCCAUCAAACGAACCAAAUCGCUCUUUCUUUAUCCAGACAGACCACCACUGCUUGAGCCUUUUCAGACAGAGUGCCCAGCACAAAGAGAAUGGAUUUUUCAUUUGCAUGAGCCGCGUAGAACCAGGCAAACACCACAAAGCAUGCCAACAUUACCCCAGCCAAAGCAGCCAGGACCAACCAUGCCGAGCCCUGUCCUUAAUAUGCCGAGAACGAUCAUCCCCGACAAGCGCGCACUGGUGGCUCUUCCACUCAUGGAUCCUCUACCUCAGCAGCCACCUGAUCGGCAUUGUGGAUCGACCAUUAUAGUUCCCUUUGAUUUUUCACAACGCAGAACCGUUCUUCACUCCACGGAGAGACCAGAGGUCCAAGUCUUUGCCAGCCCGUCGCCGCCGUGGCCUGUUCAUGAACCAGUUGUGGUUGUGAGACCUUGUACACCAACACUUUCGACCAUUCCAAACCUUCCAACCAUUCCUGUGGCAAAGCUAUUCCAGUUCGACCAUUGCGCUUCAGGCAUUCCAAUUCCCACCUCACAAAGACCGAAAGCUCCAAAGGCAAUUCAAAAAGCACCACUUUUGCGCAGACCAGGGAAGUCCAGGGCAAGACAGAGACCGCGAUCCCUAACUUCAACACUGGGGGGUCCAUGGUGGACCUGUCCAGAGACUCCAGGGCCUGGAGCUUAUGAUCCAGAGCAUCCAGGCAUCUUUGGACGAAUUCCAGGCCGGGAUCCAAGCCGUUUCCAACGUCGCGAUGGCCGAGAUAGACUGACCAAGAGUCAGUCCUGCAGUCGGAUUCUUUAG